GUUUUUUUUCUGAUUUACGUAAACUGAAAUGCUUAUGAUACAUUGAUAGGAUUACCUAUAGAUAAGAAAAGAAUUAUUUUUUAAAACACCGUUAGUCUGUUAGCUUUUUUGGGUAUUUGGGGUUCCUGCAUCUAGUGCUUCUGCUGUUUGGUGAAGUUGAGACGAUAGAAGAGGAGUACGAACGGCUUUCAAAAAUUUGACAAAAUGUUUCCCAACACCAUCGGGAGUCGGCAAGCCGCCCAAGAACACGUUCUCGCCGUGUCCAGGGACUUUGUCGCACAACCUCGACUCGUCUACAAAACCGUAUCCGGAGUCAACGGACCCCUGGUUAUCUUGGACGACGUAAAGUUCCCCAAGUUUGCAGAAAUCGUUCAGCUGAGACUUGCCGAUGGCUCCAUACGUUCAGGACAGGUUCUUGAAGUCUCUGGCACAAAAGCAGUCGUUCAAGUGUUUGAAGGCACUUCGGGAAUUGACGCCAAAAACACUCAUUGCGAGUUCACCGGAGACAUUCUCAGGACUCCAGUUUCCGAAGACAUGUUGGGUCGUGUCUUCAACGGAUCAGGAAAACCAAUCGACAAAGGUCCCCCAAUUCUCGCCGAAGAUUUCUUGGACAUCCAGGGUCAACCUAUCAAUCCCUGGUCUCGUAUUUAUCCCGAGGAAAUGAUCCAGACUGGUAUCUCUGCUAUUGAUGUCAUGAACUCUAUCGCUCGUGGUCAGAAAAUUCCUAUUUUCUCUGCAGCUGGUUUGCCCCACAACGAGAUUGCUGCUCAAAUUUGUCGCCAAGCUGGUCUUGUCAAGGUGCCGGGAAAGUCCGUCCUGGACUCUCACGAAGACAACUUCGCCAUUGUCUUCGCGGCUAUGGGAGUAAACAUGGAAACUGCCCGUUUCUUCAAGCAAGAUUUCGAAGAAAACGGUUCCAUGGAGAACGUGUGCCUCUUUUUAAAUCUCGCCAACGAUCCCACCAUCGAACGCAUCAUCACUCCUCGUCUGGCUCUAACUGCUGCUGAAUUUUUGGCCUACCAGUGCGAGAAGCACGUCCUCGUCAUCCUCACGGACAUGUCCUCUUACGCUGAAGCUCUUCGUGAAGUAUCCGCUGCCCGUGAAGAAGUACCCGGGCGUCGUGGUUUCCCAGGUUACAUGUACACCGAUUUAGCUACAAUCUACGAACGGGCUGGACGAGUUGAAGGUCGCAAUGGAUCUAUCACACAAAUCCCAAUUUUGACUAUGCCCAACGACGACAUCACUCACCCUAUUCCCGAUUUAACCGGAUAUAUUACCGAGGGACAAAUCUACGUUGAUCGUCAACUCCACAACAGGCAGAUUUACCCACCCGUGAAUGUUUUGCCGUCCUUGUCUCGUUUGAUGAAGUCUGCCAUUGGUGAGGGCAUGACUCGUAAGGAUCAUUCCGACGUUUCAAAUCAGCUCUACGCAUGUUACGCUAUCGGCAAGGACGUUCAGGCCAUGAAGGCCGUCGUGGGAGAGGAAGCUUUGACACCCGACGAUUUGCUCUAUCUCGAGUUCCUCUCGAAAUUCGAAAGGAAUUUUAUUUCCCAAGGCAGCUACGAGAAUCGUACAGUUUUCGAGUCGCUUGACAUUGGCUGGCAACUCCUCCGUAUCUUCCCCAAGGAAAUGUUGAAGAGAAUUCCAGCCACCACUCUCGCAGAAUUCUAUCCAAGGGAUUCUCGUCAUUAAUUAAUUGUAAUCUCACUUUAGUUCUUGUCAUUUGAAAAAUAGAACAAUUGGAGAGCAAGGACGUUUUCGUUCAAGGCUAAAGUUUUAUUGGAAAUGCACCGAAACGAGUAAAGGUUCCAUCGUUCCUGCCUCCUGCGUUUCGAUCUGUGUGCUGCCAUAUUAAGAUCCUUAUGUAAAAAUACAUAAUAGAGUUGCCAAGAUUGAAACGCAGUUGGACAAGAAGUCAACUAUCAUGCCUGGAAUUUUUAAUUGUAAAAUUUUAAGUUGAAAUCAUAGCUGCUGAAUACGUUUACUGUUUGUUUUAAUAUUCUAAUAGAUAAAAUUAGGGGCAAGGACGAGAAGAGAUUUAUGGUGAAAAUGUUACACUUACCAAACUGGAAAGGGUGAUAUUAGUUAGCAGCGCACUCUGUCGUGUUCAAGUGUUCGUUUCGUCGGAAAGUUCGUAUCGUAUUAAAGAUUAAUUUACAUUCGAUUUGGAUUAACUUUAGCUAUCGAGCACGGGACCUUCAUAGAAGUUUCAGCAACACCAAGGCCAUGUGUGUUUGUCACCUUCUGCUGAUAAUUUUCUUCGUUGAUAGUCCCUUUGCAAACUUGAUUUUGUUAAUUGAAAUCGACAAUGUGUAAAUUGUAAUAUAUCAGUCAGUAUUAUGAUCGAAAAAGCAAGUGCGUCAAACUUUUGUUUCAACAUGAGCACCCCACAUUCCAAAAAACAAAUGUUUAUUUAUGAGAUAAACAUCCUUCCCUUCUUAAAAAGCGUCGCCAACAUCCACGUGUACAGUUUCUUUUCCCUUGAAAUGUACUAGAGUAAUCGGAAACACAUUUUCUAUGAACGUUACUGUGUAAAUUUUAGAAGUAGUGAAUAAUGAAAUGCUUGCUUGAUUUGGGCGAAAGUUAUUCGGAUAGUUAACAUUGUUGCAGAGCCUAAUUGAGAGGUUCCGAAGCAAUUAUUGUUAUUAAAUGUCAGUGGUCCGACUAUUGUGUGUAAUUAAUUCAAAAGUUAAUCAUUGCAAUUCUUUCAGUGUUAUACAAAGAUAAAUGUACCAUAACUGUAUAAAAGAAGUAUAUGAAAGUAAAUAUUUUUCAUUA